UGUGUGUAUUAAUGACUGUAUGAUUGAUAUAUGUCUGUGUUUUUCAUUCACACUCUGAUCAAUAUCUGAUGUUCAUAUGCUGAUUGAUCUUGUGUUAGUCAUGUGAUCGUCUGACUGUAUAUGAGUCGCAUUCAGAUCAACUUCACACACUUGUGUUUGAGUGUGUGUGUGUGUUUAUACCUACUUAAAUAUAUUUUGGAGACACAUUUGUACCCAGAAGUGAGCUAAACCUGACAAAACCUCUGAAAACCUCCUGGUGACUUCCUCAUUUGUAAAGAAAAAAAAAAAAAAGUUAGUAAUUUUUUUUUUUUAAGUUGUAAAAAUGCAGAAGUUUGCUUUUAAGGUGUGAGUUACAGUUAUAAUAACUAGCAAUAUAUGAAAACAGUGGAAGGUGUGUGUGAGUGUGUGAGUGUGUGUGUGUGUGUGUGUGUGUGUGUGUAUGAGUGUGUGUGUGUGUGUGUGUGUGUGUGUGUGUGUGUGUGUGUGUGUGUGUGUGAGAGAGUGAGUGUGUGUGUGAGUGUGAGUGAGUGUGUGUGUGUGUGUGUGUGUGUGUGAGUGUGAGCGUUUCAGCAGGGAAGUGGUUGAUUCGAGCACAUUGUUUCACUGAGUCCCCUCCCUCUGAACCACAGACAGAUGAUAGAAGCGAGACAGACGACACACACUGCUCUGUCCCGUAUCUCUCUAACGGCUGUGCUUGCGUGUGUGUGUGUGUGUGUGAUCAUGAGGACUCUCCACAGGCUGAAGUUGAUGAGUUCUCCCAGUUUGAGUGAUUUGGGUCGAUCAGAGAGAUCAGCUCUGGACGACAGGAACAACCAGCAGCACCGAGCAGGAACCAACGCCACCUGGAACAGCAUCCAUAAUGCCGUGAUCGCCGUGUUCCAGCGGAGGGAUCUGGGAGAGAAUGAGCUCUAUGUGCUGAAUGAAGGCGUCAGGCAGCUCCUGAAGACUGAGUUGGGCUCCUUCUUCACAGAAUAUCUGCAGAAUCAGCUGCUGACGAAGGGAAUGGUGAUUCUGAGAGAUAAGAUUCGCUUUUAUGAAGGUCAGAAGCUUCUGGAUUCUCUGGCAGAAACGUGGGACUACUUCUUCUGUGAUGUUCUGUCCAUGCUGCAGGCCAUCUUCUACCCCGUCCAGGGGAAGGAGCCGUCCGUCCGUCAGCUGGCUCUGCUGCACUUCAGGAACAUCAUCACUCUCAACAUAAAGCUGGACGAUGCUCUGACGCGGCCGCGGGCUCGUGUGCCACCCUCCAUCAUUCAGAUGCUGCUCAUCCUGCAGGGGGUUCACGAGUCUAAAGGUGUGAGCAGUGAUUACCUGAAGCUGGAGUCUCUGGUGCAGAAGGUGGUGUCUCCGUAUCUGGGGACGCACGGCCUGUUCUCCGGCGACGGCUCGGUCGCGCAGAGCUCCUGUGUUCUGGAGAAGCGGCUCCUGCGCCGAUGGCCACGCUCCGGUGACUCGCCCGCUAAGAACCCCGUGGUGCGCUCCAAGAGCUACAACAUCCCCAUGCUGACGCCGGUGGCCGAGUACGACCCUGAGAGCAUCGCCAGCGCCGGGGUCAGACGCCACUCCGUGUGUCAGAUGACCUCCUGCGCUGAGGAGCCAGACGUCUGCGAGGAUCUGUCUCCUCCCAUCUGCCCCGAGCCGGGCUCCGCGUCUGAAUCCAGCCCCGAGACCAUCGUGGACCAGACUCUGGAGUCUCUGGACUCGGACACCGAGGGAAUAUUCAUCGACUUCCGCCGGCAGUGCUCCAGCUCGUCUGACUUCAGCCGGGAGAGCGAGAGCGCGGCGUGACCUUUGACCUGUCCACACGCACCUGCAGAGUUUGUUUCUGGAUCGUGAGUGUUCAGAACAGCAGACUAACACGCUACGCUACCGUGUGAAGUGUGUGAACUGCACCGAUGGACCGAGCUCUUCUACAUUCAUGUGAAGUUGAUUCUCAUGCAGAAUUGGAUUACAUUCAGUCAUUUAGCAGAUGCUUUUAUCCAAAGCGACUUACAAAUGAGGACAAUAGAAGCAAUCAAAACCAACAACAUGCGAGUGCUGUGAUGAGUCUGUUAGCCUAGGGUUCAUUUUGCAAAGCAACUGUCUCGUUUUCAAGACCUAAUGGACAAAAUCCUUUAACGAUUUUAACUAUUUAAAAAGAUCAUAGAUAAUUUAAUCAAAUAAUCUUAAAGUGUUUUUUCAUAAAGUAUUGCUUUAGAAAUGACAGAAAAGUCAUAAGAAACGAGCACGAGAGAGCAGAGUAUGUUAUUAAAGCUGCUAAAGUUAUUCAGACGAGCCGUGAUUUUCUCCUCUUCUUGUCAAAUGACUGUUUGAUUAAUAAUACCGUAAGAUCUAAUAAUGCACGGAUGUAUUGAGAUGCAUAUGUUUUGUCUGGUCUGUUAAGACCGAGCUGACAUUAACAUCAGCGCAGAUGUACAGAAGCACACGAGUCUGAUCUGUGCGGUUCAGUCGGUGUUUUGGCAUCCGUGCGCUAGUUCUUCAGUCUGAACACAUGAUUUUUGUUUCAUAAAUACUUCAUCUUGUAUUUUGUUGUUUUUAAUGAAAGAAGGUACGAAUUUCUUUGUGCUCACAAAUAGAAAAGUAAGAAUACUGAUUUUUACAGACGUUUUAUGAUAAACUGUUGGAGCUGAAAUCAUUAGUAAGUGAAUAAAACAUUGUUAUUUGCAUGA